UGUAACCGGAGCUGGAUGUGUAGAACGUCACAUGUUGUUUCCCUUCUCAUCUCGCGGUCAACGGGAGACGCGUUAUUCAGCGCACGGCUGCAGGGGGAGACGCACGGCUCUGGAGAUACGAGCCGUUACCCACGGUCUGGAACACACGUCAGGGUCUCCCGGAUCGCUCGAGGAACACAUUGAGCACCACCCAAAGAGGGGAGAGCGACUCCGGUUUGGAAUAUAAUGGCGAGUCCGCCGCAAACGGAGGGGCAGCCGUCCCAGCGCGGCACCGACCCCCCAACCAGUGGCACGGACCCCCCUCCCGGUGGCGUCAGGACGUGUGGAUAUCUACGGAAGCAGAAGCACGGACACAAGCGCUUCUUCGUGCUGCGCGAGCCGAGCGCGGGGCUGCCCGCGCGCCUGGAGUACUACGAGAGCGAAAAGAAGUGGAGGAACAAGAGCGCCGCCAAGCGCGUGAUCCAGCUGGACUGCUGCCUCAACGUCAACAAGCGCGCGGACGCCAAACACAAGCACCUUGUCGCGCUCUACACGCGCGACGAGUACUUCGCGGUGGCGGCGGAGAGCGAGCCCGAGCAGGAGCUUUGGUACCGCGGGCUGACGGAGCUCAUGAGCCUGCAGGGCAGGGCGGUCGACGGCUCGGCGUCCGACUCCGCGUCCUCGCUCGUGGGCUUCGACGAGGCGAGCUACGGCGUCAUCACGCCGGUGGCCGCCGCCUACCGGGAGGUGUGGCAGGUGGUCCUGAAGUCCAAGGGGCUGGGGCAGAGCCGCCAGCUGACCGGGGUCUACCGGCUGUGCCUCUCCGCCCGGACCAUCAGCUUCAUCAAGCUCACUGCCGAGGUGGCCUCCGUCAGCCUGCAGCUCAUGAACAUCCGACGCUGCGGGCACUCGGACAGCUUCUUCUUCAUGGAGGUGGGACGCUCGGCCGCCACGGGCCCCGGGGAACUGUGGAUGCAGGCGGACGACUCGGUGGUCGCGCAGAACAUCCACGAGACCAUCCUCGAGGCAAUGAAGGCGAUGAAGGAGCUGUCGGAGUUCCGCCCCCGGAGCAAGAGCCAGUCGUCCGGCACCAACCCCAUCUCGGUGCCCGUCCGGAGGCACCUCAACCACCUGCCCCCCAGCCAGACGGGGCUGGCCCGGCGCUCCCGCACCGACAGCAUGGCCGCCUCCUCCCCCGUCAGCAUGUUGUCCUCCUGCCGGUUCCGCACGGCCAGCGAGGGCGACGGCUCCACGGCGAGGCCGGUGUCGGGGAGCCCGAUGAGCCCCGGGGUCCAGCGCAGCCUGCUGGGCCGUUCCAAGACGCUCACCGCGCGGCCGAGCCGCACCUUCGAGUCCUCCUCCCUGCAGCACAGCAAGUCCAUGUCUAUGCCGGUGACCCGCUCCCCGCCCCCCGUGGGGGGGGGCAGCCCCAGCCCGGUGUCCCUGCCCUCCCUCCCGGAGUCGGGCGGGCCCCCGCGACCCUCCAGCUGCAGCGCCUCGUUCUCGGUCCCCAGCGACGCAGGCUUCGUCUCCAGUGAGGAGUGGGGCUCCAGCCCGGGCGAGGACCUCCGGCUGUCCCUGACGCUGCUGCCCCGCGGGGCCACGCCCCCGGUCGGCGGGGACCCCCAGGGCUACAUGCUGAUGGAGCGGCAGGCGUACCGCAAGCGGACCUACUCCCUCACCACCCCCCGCCGCAGGGGGCGCCCCCCCCCGCUGGCCUCCGCCUCGCUGGACGAGUACACCCUCAUGAGGGCCACGUACGGGGGGCCCCGCCGGCCCCUCACCGCCUCCCCCAAGGGGGGCCCCCCCGAGGGCCCCGGCGAGGGCAGGGACGCCGGCUACAUGCCCAUGCUGCCGGGGGCCACGCCCCGGGCCCCCGGCUCCAAGGGCCACGCCUACAUGGCCAUGAGCCCCAUGUGCGUCUCGGCGCCCAAGCAGAUCAUCAACCCCCCGCGCCCACCCUGGGGGGGGGCUCCCGCCUCCCUGGAGGACCGGGGCUACGUGCGCAUGUGGGCGGGCCCCCGGCUGUCGGGGGACGGUGCCGCUGACUACCUCAACAUGUCCCCCGUGGACCCCCUGGUCUCGCCCCCCCCGGGCCCCCGCCUGCUGAGCCCCUCGGCGGAGCCCCCGCCCCCCCGCCAGCCCCUCUGGUACGGCCCCCCCCCGCGGGGCCCCAAGCGGCGACGCCGACCAGUACGUGGUCAUGAGUCUGCAGCGCCGACGCAUCGAGGAGGAGGCCGCCCCCCUCCCCGCUCCAGGCGCCCCGCCCCGUGGAGCCCCCGGCCCCCCCGGACACGGGCCCCCCGGCCCUCGCGGCUGGCCCUGGAGGCCCUGCGGCCCCUCCCCUGUAUGAGGGAGGACCCCCCCCCCCGCGGGGCCCCGCAGCCGGGGGAGUACAUCCACAUCGCCUUCAGCGGGCCCCGCGCCCCCCCGGCCGCCAACCCCCCCUCCCCGCGCCCCGACUACGUCAACCUGGACCUCCGCUCUGCGGGGGGGUCCCUCUCCUCGGCCCCCGCCCCGGGGGGCUGUGACGACUACGCCCCGAUGAGCUUCCCCGCGUCUCCGCCCGCCCCCCCCGCCGCGGAGGCCCCCCCGUCCCCCCCCCCUCCAGAGCCGGGGUCGCCCCCCAGGGCGGGGGACGCCUUCCUCCUGGGGCCCGCGCCGGCCCCCCUGGACCCCAACCGGGGGGCCAAGGUGAUCCGCGCGGACCCCCAGGGCCGGCGGCGCCACAGCUCGGAGACCUUCUCCUCCACCACCACCGUGACGCCCGUCUGCCCCUCCUUCGCCGGCGACGCCGCCCGCCACGGCUCGGCGUCCGUGGAGAACGUGUCCCGCCCGGGCCGCGCCCCCGACGGCUCGGACGACGAGCCCGCCGCGGGGGGGUCCCCCAUGUGCCGCGAGACCUCCGCCGGAUUCCAGAACGGACUCAACUACAUUGCCCUGAACCUGAUGGAGGGGGGCCUGGGGGGCUGCGACCUGGGGGGCGGCGAGGGCCUGCUGAGGUUCAAGACGCCGUGCGGCUGCAAGGGGGGCAUGAACGGCUUCAGCGGGGGCGCCUACGCCAGCAUGGGCUUCAAGGAGGGCGUCACGGCCGUCAAAAGGUAAGGCGCCUCCUCCCUCCCCCCUCCCCCGAGCAGUGUGUUCAUGUGAUGACGAUAGACGGUCUAUUUCCGGUCAGUAUAGCAGCUGUGCAGACCAAGUGAAUAUGAGUCACGUGUAGUGUGUCAGAUCCGUGCUGAUAGCGUCGGGUAAACGGAUCUAUUCAUUUCCACGUAUGUCUACACGGCAGCAGACCGGCGUCAGGCUGUCGGUCACCGUGAACGUAUGCGUGCGCGUCACUUCCGGGAGUAGACCGUGGUGUGUCGCGUCGUGUUUACAGGGAUCAGGGGUCUCAUUUAUAACCGUUGCGUACGCACAAAACGGGGCUAAAAGUGGCGUACGUGACUUUCCACGCCAAGGUUCUGAUCUAAAAAAACUACUUGACGGGAGAACGUGCGCAGCCCUAAGCAAACUCUGACCCAUGCUUGCGUACGCAUGGUUUGGAGGAAAAGGAGAAUUGGCGACACAGACGGUGUGGUGUUGAACUGAAGUCAGACUGAAGAAAUGUAGACUGAGAAGAACGAUUAUGUUUUAUCAUCGCCCUUCAUAACUUUAAUUUCAACCCGUAUCAUGCGUUAAAUCUAUGUAAUCAGAAUAAUUUAAGUCAACUGUG